AUGAAACAUCAAAUCAGUUGUUCUAAUCCUGCUUCCAAGGAGAUUGAACCUGAUACCAAUGGUAUGUUUGUGUUUGGGAGCUCCUUGGUUGAUAAUGGAAACAACAACUUCCUGAUGGACAAGACAAAUAGUGUUGAUUACCUGCCUUAUGGGAUAGAUUUUCCUCUUGGGCCUAGUGGAAGGUACACUAAUGGAAAGAAUGUUAUAGAUGAGUUAGGAGAGUUGCUUAAGCUUCCUUUCAUCCCACCAUUCAAACACCCCACUACAAAGGGACAUAAUAUUCUUCAUGGUGUGAACUUUGCUUCUGGUGGUUCUGGGAUACUUGAUGACACUGGUACACCAGGCACUGUGAUCACUAUGAGGCAACAAGUGAAGAACUUCGAGAAGGACACAUUGUCACAAUUAGGACAUCAACUAGGGCAUACAAGCACUAAUUCACUCAUCUCCUCUGGUAUCCUCUCGAAGUAUUUGUUUGUGAUUGGAGUAGGUGGAAAUGACUACCUAUUGAAUUACCUCAAAAGCAACCACCCUGGUCUUAUCAGUUUUGAAGCUUUCACUGCAAACAUGACUAUGGAAUUAUCUAAUGAACUCAAGAUGGGUUGCUUCUUACCCCUUAAUAAGGCUGUUUCUCUAUACAAUUCUCACUUGAAAUUUUUAGUUGAUGUGUUGAAGCCUAAAAUGCCAGGUUCUAAUCUAGUUUAUGUUAAUUCUUACGAUAUCAUCAGCGAUAUUAUAAAAAAUCCUAACCCUAGAGGUUUCAAUGAUAUACGCAAUGCUUGCUGUGAAUUAAAUGAAAGUGGAGUACUAUGCAAGCGAGGAGGGAAGGCAUGUGGAGAUAGGAAUUCUCAUGUCUUCUUUGAUGGGUUGCAUCCAACUGAAGCUGUAAACAAGUUGAUAGCUAAGAGUGCUUAUGAUUCCAGUUCCUCUGUUGAAACUUACCCCAUGAAUGUUCAAGCACUAGCCAAGCUUUAG